UUGAACGCGACGCAUGCGCAGUGUGACAAACAAACAAUAUGGCGGCGUCCUUACAGCGCCUCACGUCUGCUGGGAGAAAUCUCCUUCAAAGGAAUUUACUGAAGACAUGUUCUUCAAACAGGCUCACACCUGGAUCUCACAGACUGUUAUCGACACAGGCUGCUCAACAAGUGGCUCUCAAUGUUCCUGAAACUAAGGUGACAACUCUAGAAAAUGGACUCCGAGUGUCUUCAGAAGACUCUGGGCUCACCACCUGCACAGUGGGCCUCUGGAUAGAUGCCGGCAGUCGCUACGAGAACGCCAGAAAUAAUGGCACAGCACAUUUCCUGGAACAUAUGGCAUUUAAGGGCACCAGGAAGCGCUCCCAGCUGGAUCUGGAGUUGGAGAUCGAGAACAUGGGAGCUCACUUGAACGCUUAUACAUCUCGAGAACAAACGGUGUAUUACGCCAAAGCUUUCUCUAAAGAUCUUCCACGAGCUGUGGAGAUCCUGGCAGACAUCAUCCAGAACAGCACGCUGGGGGAGGCGGAGAUCGAGAGGGAGCGUGGGGUGAUCCUCCGAGAGAUGCAGGAAGUGGAGACCAACCUGCAGGAAGUGGUCUUUGAUUACCUGCAUGCGACUGCGUACAGGGACUCUGCUUUGGGGCGGACCAUCCUGGGCCCCACCGAGAACAUCAAGACGAUCAACAGAGGAGACCUGGUGGAGUACAUCACCACUCACUACAAAGGAGCCAGGAUAGUGCUGGCUGCUGCUGGAGGAGUUUCUCAUGAUGAGCUCAAUGAUCUGGCCAAGUAUCAUUUUGGAAAACUUCCUGGAAUCUAUAAAGGUGAAGCUCCGGCACUUCCUCCAUGCAACUUCACAGGAAGUGAGAUCCGUGUGCGCGACGACAAAAUGCCUCUGGCUCACAUCGCCAUCGCAGUGGAGGCGGUGGGCUGGUCUCACCCCGACACCAUCCCCCUCAUGGUGGCCAACACUCUCAUCGGGAACUGGGACCGCUCGUUUGGGGGAGGAGUGAAUCUGUCCAGUAAGCUGGCUCAGAUGGCCUGUCAGGGGAACCUGUGCCACAGCUUCCAGUCCUUCAACACCUGCUACACCGACACCGGCCUCUGGGGGCUCUACAUGGUGUGUGAGCCCGGCACCAUCGAUGAGAUGAUGCACUACACACAGAUGGAGUGGAUGUCUCUUUGUACGAGUGUGACGGAGGGCGAGGUGGCAAGGGCCAAAAAUCUGCUGAAGACCAACAUGCUGCUGCAUCUCGAUGGAUCUACUCCCAUCUGCGAGGACAUCGGCAGACAGAUGCUGUGCUACAGUCGGAGGAUCCCUCUGCACGAGCUGGAGGCCCGGAUCGAUGCUAUUGAUGCCACGACCAUCAAGGACGUUUGCACCAAAUACAUCUACAACAAGGCUCCUGCCAUCGCAGCCGUUGGUCCAAUUGAACAGCUGCCCGACUACAACCAGAUCCGCGGCGGCAUGUACUGGAUGAAACCCUGAACACAUCACCCGUCAAAUGUACAGCGAAUAAAACACAGAAACACAAAGUAUUUAAGUAUC